AUGCAUUUGAGGCCCGUUGUUAAUACUAUCCCUUUACUUUCGCACACGUCCAACCAAGCUAACUCCUGUCACCUCCACGAGAGCUUGACGCACACGUCCAACCAAGCUAACUACUGUCACCUCCAAGCGAGCUUGACGCACACGUCCAACCAAGCUAACUCCUGUCACCUCCACGAGAGCUUGACGCACACGUCCAACCAAGCUAACUCCUGUCACCUCCACGAGAGCUUGACGCACACGUCCAACCAAGCUAACUACUGUCACCUCCAAGCGAGCUUGACGCACACGUCCAACCAAGCUAACUACUGUCACCUCCACGAGAGCUUGACGCACACGUCCAACCAAGCUAACUACUGUCACCUCCACGAGAGCUUGACGCACACGUCCAACCAAGCUAACUCCUGUCACCUCCACGAGAGCUUGACGCACACGUCCAACCAAGCUAACUACUGUCACCUCCACGAGAGCUUGACGCACACGUCCAACCAAGCUAACUACUGUCACCUCCACGAGAGCUUGACGCACACGUCCAACCAAGCUAACUACUGUCACCUCCAAGCGAGCUUGACGCACACGUCCAACCAAGCUAACUCCUGUCACCUCCACGAGAGCUUGACGCACACGUCCAACCAAGCUAACUCCUGUCACCUCCACGAGAGCUUGACGCACACGUCCAACCAAGCUAACUACUGUCACCUCCAAGCGAGCUUGACGCACACGUCCAACCAAGCUAACUACUGUCACCUCCACGAGAGCUUGACGCACACGUCCAACCAAGCUAACUACUGUCACCUCCACGAGAGCUUGACGCACACGUCCAACCAAGCUAACUCCUGUCACCUCCACGAGAGCUUGACGCACACGUCCAACCAAGCUAACUACUGUCACCUCCACGAGAGCUUGACGCACACGUCCAACCAAGCUAUCUCCUGUCACCUCCACGAGAGCUUGACGCACACGUCCAACCAAGCUAACUACUGUCACCUCCAAGCGAGCUUGACGCACACGUCCAACCAAGCUAACUCCUGUCACCUCCACGAGAGCUUGACGCACACGUCCAACCAAGCUAACUACUGUCACCUCCACGAGAGCUUGACGCACACGUCCAACCAAGCUAACUACUGUCACCUCCACGAGAGCUUGACGCACACGUCCAACCAAGCUAACUCCUGUCACCUCCACGAGAGCUUGACGCACACGUCCAACCAAGCUAACUACUGUCACCUCCACGAGAGCUUGACGCACACGUCCAACCAAGCUAACUCCUGUCACCUCCACGAGAGCUUGACGCACACGUCCAACCAAGCUAACUACUGUCACCUCCAAGCGAGCUUGACGCACACGUCCAACCAAGCUAACUCCUGUCACCUCCACGAGAGCUUGACGCACACGUCCAACCAAGCUAACUACUGUCACCUCCAAGCGAGCUUGACGCACACGUCCAACCAAGCUAACUCCUGUCACCUCCACGAGAGCUUGACGCACACGUCCAACCAAGCUAACUACUGUCACCUCCAAGCGAGCUUGACGCACACGUCCAACCAAGCUAACUCCUGUCACCUCCACGAGAGCUUGACGCACACGUCCAACCAAGCUAACUACUGUCACCUCCAAGCGAGCUUGACGCACACGUCCAACCAAGCUAACUCCUGUCACCUCCACGAGAGCUUGACGCACACGUCCAACCAAGCUAACUCCUGUCACCUCCACGAGAGCUUGACGCACACGUCCAACCAAGCUAACUCCUGUCACCUCCACGAGAGCUUGACGCACACGUCCAACCAAGCUAACUCCUGUCACCUCCACGAGAGCUUGACGCACACGUCCAACCAAGCUAACUACUGUCACCUCCAAGCGAGCUUGACGCACACGUCCAACCAAGCUAACUCCUGUCACCUCCACGAGAGCUUGACGCACACGUCCAACCAAGCUAACUACUGUCACCUCCACGAGAGCUUGACGCACACGUCCAACCAAGCUAACUCCUGUCACCUCCACGAGAGCUUGACGCACACGUCCAACCAAGCUAACUACUGUCACCUCCACGAGAGCUUGACGCACACGUCCAACCAAGCUAACUCCUGUCACCUCCACGAGAGCUUGACGCACACGUCCAACCAAGCUAACUCCUGUCACCUCCACGAGAGCUUGACGCACACGUCCAACCAAGCUAACUACUGUCACCUCCACGAGAGCUUGACGCACACGUCCAACCAAGCUAACUACUGUCACCUCCACGAGAGCUUGACGCACACGUCCAACCAAGCUAACUACUGUCACCUCCACGAGAGCUUGACGCACACGUCCAACCAAGCUAACUCCUGUCACCUCCACGAGAGCUUGACGCACACGUCCAACCAAGCUAACUACUGUCACCUCCAAGCGAGCUUGACGCACACGUCCAACCAAGCUAACUACUGUCACCUCCACGAGAGCUUGACGCACACGUCCAACCAAGCUAACUCCUGUCACCUCCACGAGAGCUUGACGCACACGUCCAACCAAGCUAACUACUGUCACCUCCAAGCGAGCUUGACGCACACGUCCAACCAAGCUAACUACUGUCACCUCCACGAGAGCUUGACGCACACGUCCAACCAAGCUAACUACUGUCACCUCCACGAGAGCUUGACGCACACGUCCAACCAAGCUAACUCCUGUCACCUCCACGAGAGCUUGACGCACACGUCCAACCAAGCUAACUCCUGUCACCUCCACGAGAGCUCGACGCACACGUCCAACCAAGCUAACUACUGUCACCUCCACGAGAGUUUGACGCACCCGUCCAACCAAGCUAACUACUGUCACCUCCACGAGAGCUUGACGCACACGUCCAACCAAGCUAACUACUGUCACCUCCACGAGAGCUUGACGCACACGUCCAACCAAGCUAACUCCUGUCACCUCCACGAGAGCUUGACGCACACGUCCAACCAAGCUAACUACUGUCACCUCCAAGCGAGCUUGACGCACACGUCCAACCAAGCUAACUACUGUCACCUCCACGAGAGCUUGACGCACACGUCCAACCAAGCUAACUCCUGUCACCUCCACGAGAGCUUGACGCACACGUCCAACCAAGCUAACUACUGUCACCUCCAAGCGAGCUUGACGCACACGUCCAACCAAGCUAACUACUGUCACCUCCACGAGAGCUUGACGCACACGUCCAACCAAGCUAACUACUGUCACCUCCACGAGAGCUUGACGCACACGUCCAACCAAGCUAACUCCUGUCACCUCCACGAGAGCUUGACGCACACGUCCAACCAAGCUAACUCCUGUCACCUCCACGAGAGCUUGACGCACACGUCCAACCAAGCUAACUCCUGUCACCUCCACGAGAGCUUGACGCACACGUCCAACCAAGCUAACUCCUGUCACCUCCACGAGAACUGGACGCACACGUCCAACCAAGCUAACUACUGUCACCUCCACGAGAGCUUGACGCACACGUCCAACCAAGCUAACUCCUGUCACCUCCACGCGAGCUUGACGCACACGUCCGACCAAGCCAACACCUGUCACCUCCACGAGAGCUCGACACACGUUGCAAAUUUAAAUAAAAUUGGAAUUGCUAAAUACGAUCAAGCCUUGUUAGGCAGCUGUCAGAUGGAUGAAAAACUCGAAGAAGAAUAUGCGACACCCAAGCCAAGCGGUUGUCUGAGCUCCCCGGGGCUGAGAGACACCUGGGCGGUGCACUGUCCGCUCGACGAGCCAAGCCAGGUGGUUGACCGGUCUUCCAUAUAA